AUGCUUCUGAUUCUCAUUUUGUUCUACUCAGCGCCCUUACUUGUCAACUCUUUCCUUUUCGGUUUUGGAGGCGGAGGAGGCGGUUGUGGUUGUGGAAGCUCCUGUGGUAGCUGUAAUAUGGGAUGCUCUUGCCUUCCACCACCACCUGCUCCAGUAUGUCUUCCACCUCCACCUCCACCAUGUCCGAUGCCGGUUCCAUGUCCUCCUCCACCACCACCAUGUUCCUGUCCGCCACCAGUCACUAUGUAUCAGCCUUGCAUGGUUCCCCAGUAUGUCCCAAGAUGUGGAGGAUGUGGUGGAUACAGUGGAGGUUAUGGCGGAGGAUACGGUGGAUACGGUGGCGGGUGCGGGAGAAGACGAAGAUCGGUCAACAAUCAAACGAUACAUUGA